GUCUCUAGGGGUAGAGAUGUGGAGAAUGCUUCUGGAUUUUCUCCCCUUCCUAUUGCUGCGAAACCAAGAGCUCCAGACUCUGUACUGGGACUGGAAAUCAAACCUUGACAAUCUCCUGCACCACUUCAACAGAGGAAGAGCUCUCCUCCUCCCCUUGCUGGCUAACCUUGAACUCUUUUUUGACACAGACCGUUUGACACUUUUACAGCCUGCUGUCAGCUUAGUCCUUUGACUGGCCUCCUCUGGUAAAGCACAACUUGGAUGACCACUGUCCUCUUUCUGGCCAAUGAUAUUCAAGGAAAAGGGGAUGCUGGACAGCUCCAGGGGGGGAGCAUCAACUGCAGACUCUCCAGAUAAUACAAUUGGACACUCUGAGAUGGCUGCAAAUAUAUCUGCCGAACAAAUCUCCUCUGGGUUGUGCAUUUUUAAUGGGCAGCCGGGAGACUGUCCUUCAGUUAUUUCAUGCUUUACCGUCUCAGAACCCGAGUGGACUGCAAGUUCAGCAGACCUCUGAAGCUGGGCUCUAGUUUCAGACCAUUUCUUUAGCCGAAAGUUUCUCUUAUAUACGCGAGUGUGGAUGCAUUUGCCCCUGCUGCUCACAAGUGCGACACGCCUCUGAGAAGACCAGUAUUUAGAGAAUAACUUUCCACGUGCCUGCAACCAAAAACGGUUGCGGUGAAGGUUGGCGAAACUAUUGGUCCUCAUUUCCACAGCUUUUUGGGGUCAUAGCAUCGUGAUCUCAGAUCUGGAAAAGGAGAUCGAAAAAUAUAGCAAGGUGCGCGUUUCUGAUCACAUAAACAUGAAAUGGCGGUCUUGAAAUGGCAUCUGGUUUGAAAGAAUCAAGGAUACAUUCGGUGCAAAAUUGGGAAGGUAAGUUAACCAUCUUAUCUAUAUUACCUAAAACAAAGCUAGCUACCGCAUUACAUAGCCUACAUCAAAAUGUCCUUACAUUACGCGACAGUAUGCGUCCAUCAAGUAAUAUUUUUCUACUGUCUAUAACCAAGUAUGCCUACCAGUAAACCACACAAAACAUUACCAAAAUAAAGUAAUCACUGGAAAAUAAAAUGCUGCUUUCAGGAUUCCACAAUCCUUCUCCUGACAGCCCGUAGCCCGACCGGCUAACAUACACAUGCAUCUAUCAGACUGUCGAGCAUUAUAUACGUCACGAAUCCAGUACCGGUGUCGGUCGACGAAAUAGAGCCAGCGCCAAUCGAAAUGGGGCUAGCCGUAUUACAGGUUUCCUACUCGAAAUCCUAUCUUAUCUGUAUUUUUACCAUGGUAAUUUAAUUUAGGACAUGAUUUAAGAAUGUCCCAUUAUGUUCAUUUUCCUAUCUUAACUCCAGGAAACCUGGUGUCGCAGUCGACGGAGAGAGCUAGGACCGGUAUGGAAGCAUAGUUUGAGACAUCACCAAUAUUUUCGUAUGAAUUGCUAGACAGUUAUACUGCGUUCCAGACAACUCAGAAGUCGACUUUUCCCACUGAACUCUAUUAUACACUAUGGUUUUUUCCAAACACAGUUUGAUGGCGGACUGAGUACAUCUCAAACUCCUCCCACCUCCACCCCUUUCCACUUUCAAUCGUCAUUUCUAAGAAAUUGAACUGUAGUGCGUGUACUAAACGCUCGUAGCAAACAGCUAGUAAGAUGAGAGAACGAGGCAAAGGUUCCAGCAAAAUUAAAUGGAAGGGGAUGUCAUCAGAAUCUCACUGUGACGACGUCGCUAACGUUAAAUGACAGAGAUAAAUGCAGCACUCAACUUCAUUAUUCGACCGUUUCACUGUUUAAGCUGCUUUUCGUAGCCUAAUUCAUUGUCAUAUGAUGGACCCCCUUGUUUUGCACCCAAAGUUCAAUUUCCUUCAUGUGUGAAACAUUCUUUGUAUUUUUCUAUUUAUACUAUUUAUAAAUUCCUCAUUAUAUGUUUUUGGAUUAAAGUUAUUCAUUUUCCCCAAAGCCGAAAACUAAACUGGAUGAAUGUCUAAAUUAUAUGGAUUUAAACAUAUCCCAGACCACUGACUAACAUUUACUUUGGCAUUCAGCCACCAUUAUUGCACAGUUUACUUUAAUAUAGUGUUUGCAAUGGCUGCAUGACAGAGAGAGCGGCUCACAGUAUAAAUAACACAGUGGCGGUCAGUCUGGUCACCACUUCUGUGUGUUCUGUUUCUGUAUUCUGUGCUUUGGCCUGACACUGGGAAACUUCAACCACUCAAAUGAGACCUGUAGGUACUGUGGUGAUUUUGGGGCUGCUGGCAGGGGCAUGGGCACAGGGGCUCCCAAGUAUUCGCAAGCCAAACUGUGAUUCACCAGAGGCAGAAGAGGCUGCUUUAGCAGCCCAGGAAUACAUUAAUGCACAGCUCAGUCAUGGUUACAAGUAUGCCCUCAACCAGGUUGAAGAAAUCAAGAUAAUGACAAAGCCAGAUGGUGGAGAGACCUUUGUUGUGGAACUGGAUCUGCUUGAAACUAAGUGUCAUGUCCUGGAUCCAACGCCUGUUGCCAACUGCACAGUCCGACCCCGCCAUGAAACGAAAGUUGAAGCAGACUGUGAUGUGGUAUUGUCCAAGGCUGGAGGCAUUCUGACUGUGGUGGCCUACAAGUGUAAAUCCGAACCUGAUUCAGCUGAAGAUGUAUGCAUUGGGUGUCCUCAGCUUGUGCCUCUGAACCACACUGAUGCCCUGCAGGUUGUCAGUGCUUCUCUGGCUGUCUUCAACGGCAAACUGGAUAACAACAGUGUACAAUUUGCACUGUUGGAGGUUGGCAGGCUGUCAGCACAGGUUGUGUCUGGCGGUUUCCAGUAUUUUGUGGAAUAUGGUAUUGUAGAAACGAACUGCCCAAUUGAUGGCAAUGACGCAUGUGUUCCACUGCCGCAGCCUCUGGGACGGAAAGGCUUCUGUGUGGCUAAUGGUAUCCUUUCUGCUGUUACCGUUGACUGCAUGCUCUUUCUCACUGCGCCCCCACUGGACCCAACAGCAAAUGGUAUGGGGCCAGUAACACCCCCUGCUGUCCCGAAGCUCCAGACCAUCCCCGGCCUCAAACACCACCACAGGUUCAAUGCCAUCCGUGAUCCAGCAGCCGCUGGCCUUCUGUCUGAGUCGGGUGAGUCGGACGAGGUGCCGAUUGUGAAGAGGCAAGCCCCAAUGGACACACUGCUUGAUCUCCCAGUGGUGCCAAUGGCUCCUGAAGUACCAGCAGCUGCAAUGCCACUUUUGCCUAUAUGUCCUGGAAGAAUCCGGCACUUCUAAGCUACAAAUUUCUAAAUGUGACAUGUUUUUCAACCAGGUCAUGUUUGAUGCCUUUAUGAUAAUAUCAAAAGGGGGUUUACUAAAUUUGAUUUGAUAACUCAUUGUGUCAGUUUCUUUCAUUGGGUGCAUGGCAUUCAUCAUCAUUUCUCAAUUAUUUACUGUACUACGUCAGAAAUUAAUAUGCGUUCACUCUGGACGGUACAGAAUUUAGUUGUGAUUGGAAGAUGGUGACCAAUGUGAUCCUUGUGCUAUGGUGGCAUUUAUUCACAUUCAUGCAAUGUGGCUCUAUGUGUGUACUCUUUACAAGGAAUAAUAUCUACUUCAUUUAAUUAAAGAAUUAAACCACA